AUGGUGGUGCAAGGAGAUAGCUCAACAGGACUUGUUGGUGACGAUGAUGAGGCUUACGAUUCACUAAGAUGGUAUGAAUUCAUGGUGCAUGCAACUAAACCAGGGAGUCGUGUUGUUGUUGAUGCUGAUGACGGGAGGUUUAGGUGUAGACCUCUAUUAUUUUUGGAUGGUACAUUUAUUAAAGAUCGCUAUAGAGGCAUACUACUUAGUGCCACUGGGUAUGACGGCAACCAGAGAAUAUUUCCCCUUACUUAUUGCGUAUGCAACCAGGAGAAUGAGGUUAACCGGAAAUGGUUCUUACAAGGAUUGUGGAUAUUACUGUAUGAUAGGAAAAAUCCUUACCAACCUCCACAUCGACUGGUAAUAAUUUUCAAUGCCGACAAAGGUACUAGGGCAGCAGUCGAGGAAUUCUUUCUAAAUACAUUCCAUUCAAAGUGUGUUCUAUAUCUAGUCGAGAAUUUCAAAAGGAAGAUGAAUGAUUUUGGGAACAAGGUAAAUAUCGUCACUACGUUGGGUGACCUGUUACAAUCUACAGCUUAUAAGUUCACAAUUUCUGAAUGGGAUGAUGACAUGAAAGAAUUGACAGCGAUCGAUCAUAUGGCUUACGUCACUGCGAUGGAAUACUUCCCGGAGAGAUGGGCAAACGCGCAUUUUUCUAGUAUAAGGUAUAGCAAUGUUACUUCAAACGUUGCUGAGUCCUUUAACAGCUGGAUAAGAAAGGCACGAUUGUUAUGA